AGCACGAGUUCAGUCAGCUUCUGUGGCACGCGAGCCAUGGGCAAGGUGUCCAACUCGACGACACAGACCAUCAUCUCACUCUUUUAUGGUGUUCUCCAAGCAUUGAUAUCACUGGUCUUUGGCAUCAUGUUCAUCUAUCUCGGCAUCAAGAUCAACAAACUGCUCGGACCAUGGAGAGUGAGGGAUAGUCAUAAGAGUCUGUUUGGAUUGUCCGCACAAAAGGUACAACUAUUCGCUGUUGCACUGUCUUGCUCAUUCGGUUUGAUCAUGCAUUCAAUCUAUGUACUUGUAUUGAUCACUACACAGAACUCUAGUAGUAAUAGUGCAUUCAGCUUUGUAUUCCUGAUCAUCACAGAGGUGUUCCCUGCCAUCACCAUGUUCAUCUUUUACAAUCAAACCAAGUUCUCACGUUCCUCAUCAUCUUCACCAGCAGCCAGCAACAACUCUACAACAGCAUCAACAUCAUCAUCAUCUGGUUUUGGUAACAAGAUGAAGGUUAUUAAGUAA